AUGGACUCCUCUUCACGUACCCCCCAGCAGCCUCCUAAACAGAGGAGACAUAUUGAUAAUAGUGCAGAGGUACGUCGCCGCAAAGAAGCAGCUGAACGCCUUAUAAGAGAACGACAUGAGGCGCUUCGACGUCAGCAUGAGGAGAAAAUUAUGAAGAUAAAUGAGGAACGCCAACGUCAACAGCGAGAAUUGAAAGAGCGACAUGCAAAAGAACUAAAAAGGCAGCAAGAUGUUUUACAACGAAGAAUGGCGCUGAUGGAACGGGACAAUGCUCGUAAAAAGGAAAUCCUGGAGAAAAACCACGCUGUAGUUUCACGUCUGGCUAACAACUCGUCGCGUAAAAAUUAUGCGUUCGGUUCGUCAACUCCUCGCGAGCUGUCUUUCCUUGAGGGUCGCCUAAAAAAUAUGGCUCAGGAAAAACGAUCGUCACCAGAAAAACAGAACUCAAAUGGUUCUGUGAAUACGCCAACUCGUCGCCCCGGGGCUGCAGCCAUGUCCUCCUCUAUGUACGUACCAUCUAAUCCUGAUCGAGGACGCCAUACAUCAUCCGUCACUCGACUCUCCCAGCCGAAGAGCACUCCCACCAAGCAACAGAAUCUUAUGACACAGUCGGUGUACAGUCAGUCGACGAAUUCUUGUGUGUCGCCAGCUUCACGUUUGCAACGAAAACCUUUGAGUCAGCUUACGGCGAGUGUCCCCAAUACUCCACUGGCGUCGGUCCCUCCACAUGAAAGACAGAGGAAACCGAAACCCAAGUCUAAGCCAAGAGGACUCCUUGUGACAUCUGCUAACAACAAGAAGUCGACUCCAACUGCGAAGUUGUCCAAAAGUGUGUCAGAGUUGGCAAGAAAGGAGAGUAUCCAUUCGAAUGAUACGCACUCAUCUAUUGGGGCAAGGACUUCCGAAUCGCCACUUCUUGAUGCAUCUUCCACAUCCGAUGAAGUCCCGCAAGAGAUGCAAGAAUUGGAGUCUAACAAGGAAGUUGUCGUAAUGGAAGUGGAACAACAAGUACAGCAGCGGGAAGAUGAGAUGCAACAAAACGGUGAUGGUUCGCAGCAUCAUUCUGAGCCAGAAGAAGUGCCAUUAGCAAGUCAGCCGAUCGCUACUGAGCACAACAUCAGCGUUCACAGUGCUGUCGAUCAUCAGGAGCAGGCCAGCGAAGAAGAGUCUAUGCAGAAAGCGCCUGUGCCUGAAGUUGAAGAGCCUAAUGAUUCCUCAGCUGUGGCAGAGCUGAUCUCUAUUUCCGAGGCUGUCGAUACUAAUAAGGUUAUAUCGGAAGCUGCACAUGGGGAUGUAGCGUCUGCGCCAUCGGUUGAAAAAGGCGGUGCUUCAUUGGCAGACGAGUUGGCUGGAAUCUUCGAUGCUCCGUUGCCUCCGCCGCCGAUAUCUGUGGUAGUGGAAGACUGUGGAGAAGGGGUAUCGCCAUCUUCACAACCUGCAGAAAACGUUGAAGGUGUUCAUAAAGAAGAGCCAGUGACUGAAAUCCCGAAAGAGGAACCUGCUGCUGAGACACCUGAAGAAAACCACGCCAUGGAUGCUGUUCAACUUAACACAACUGCAGUCGAAGUCAAGGGUGAUGUUGUCGAAGAGCAUCACACGGAAAGCAGUCCUCUAAAUGAUAAGCCCGACGAAAACAUUUCUGAUGCGGAAAUUCAAAAGAAUGACAUAACCAACAAUGUACAAGAGGAUCAGGCAUCAGUCAAAAAACCUGAAAUGAACACCGAAGAGCAAGUGCCCCCACCAAAAGAAGCUGUUGACGUCGAACCGAAAGUAGCUGCGGUCGAUAGCCAUGCUGCCGUAGCUCAGGUUAAUGGUAUCGAAAAACCUGCAGUACCACCAGCAGUGAUUACGGAACUCCCUGGAACUGUUCCACCAACCAAAGAAACCGAUGAAACUGUGGUGAAGAAGGUACCUACUCCUCCAAACGAAUUCAUUGCUCAUCGUCUUCGUCGCGAACAAGAGCAACGAGAACUCGAUGAGCGAAAAGCGAGAAUUGCAGCAAUAUUGGCCAAGUCACGCAACCUGUCUAAUGCAACGACUCCUCUUGUGGCAGGACGAACAUCGCCACCUCGAAGUAGGUUGAAUGUCACAUUCGGAGGCUAA